GGAGCGAUCAUGGCCACUUCAGAGCUGAGCUGCCAGGUGUCGGAGGAGAACUGCGAUCGCCGAGAGGCCUUCUGGAGUGAAUGGAAGGAUCUGACGCUGUCCACACGACCUGAGGAAGGGUGCUAUCUGCACGAGGAGGACGCCCUGCGGCAUGAGACCUACCACCGGCAGGGGCAGUGUCAGGCGCUGGUGCAGUGCUCCCCUUGGCUGGUGAUGCGUAUGGGCAUCCUCGGCCACGGGCUGCAGGAGUACCAGCUGCCCUACCAACGCGUGCUGCCGCUGCCCAUCUUCACCCCCACCAAGGUGGGUGCCGCCAAGGAAGAGCCCGAGGACGCCUCCAUCCAGGAGCUGCUGGCGCUGGAGACAGCCCUGGGUGGCCAGUGCGUGGAUCGCCAGGAGGUGGCCGAGAUCACCAAGCAGCUGCCCCCUGUGGUGCCCGUCAGCAAGCCGGGGGCCCUUCCUCGCUCCCUGUCCCGCUCCAUGUCCCAGGAAGCCCAGAGAGGUUGAGAGGGACUGUGGUUCGGGCUCCACGAUGCCCGCCCUGGGCUGGGCCCUUCCUGGCUAGGACUGUGGAGGGGAGCAGCUGGCUAAGGGUGCUUUGUAGUUUGCCCAGAGCUGGGGGCUAGGGGAGGAGGGGGCCAGAGGCCAGGAUGCCUGAGCCCCUGAUUUCCCACAGGAGGGGGCAAAGACGGUGGACACUAAGGAUGGAGAGCUGGGGGCCACACAGGACCCCCAGUCCCAGGAGAAGGGAUGAAACGGGCUGGGGAGGGCAGGGGCUGCCUGGGAGGAUGCCCCUGCGCUGGGCUUCAGCGUCAGAGGAGGACUAGGAAAAGUGAGGAGGGGGCCUGGAAUGCUCCACACAGGAGGCUUGAGAAGACAGAAGGGAGGGGGACGUGAAGAGGGUGAAGGCAUGGUGAGACCCCCAGCACCCUCUGUUAGCGCCGCAAUAAAUGCUCAAUCAUGUUCCA